CGGGUCAACUUGCUGUCAGUCCACGAUGACGACCUCAGGAAGUGGGCUCUACAAAAAGCGCGUGAACUUGAGUUGACGCGGUUUUCUGCUUCACAUAAUUGGAUCCAGAACUUCAAGAGAUGCUACCGCAUGACUUCGAGGAAAGUUACCAAAUUCACGACCCAUAAACGCGAACGUGAUCAGGAAGAGAUCGAGAACGCCGCGGCUGAGCUCAUCUUGGACUUCGUUGACACAGUUCGUCCCAACUACGACCCGCCACAAAUCUUCAAUACGGAUCAGUCGGGUUUCAAUUACUUGGUGUAUUCGAAUCGGACUCAGUCCCACACCGGUGAGAAAAAAACUCUCGUCGCUAUCCAAGCGAUGAAUGCUCUGACUCACAGCUACACCAUACAGCCGACAUUGAACAUGGACGGCCGUCUUGUCGGUCGAUUGUUCGUGAACCUUCAAGAGCCAGGAGGCGGAUUCGGCCCGAUCGUGGCGACGGAGGUAACGAGAUACCCGAAUUUGUUCGUCACAUGCACCAAGUCCGGAAAAUUAGAUAAAGGCUUGAUGAGAACAUGGUGCCAAACGAUUUUUAAGGAAAUCCUGGACCGUACGCACACGGACGACUGUGUCCUUUAUCUCGAUUCCUGGGGUGGUCAGAAGGAUUCCAGCUUGUUCGAACUGGAUGGAAAACGAAUCAAAAUCAAGACCCUUCCGCCGGGGAGCACUUCGCUGAUUCAACCGCUAGAUCAGUGUUUCCCAAGAGUUUUCCCCAAUGACCCACAUCUGGACUCGACAAAGACCCCAUGGCCCACGACAAAACCCAGCACCUUUGAAAAAGAGCAUGUGUUCGGAAACACUCUUUAA